AUGCUUGGCCACCAACAGCUGCUUCAACAGCAGCAUCAACAGCAUCACAACCAACACCCGCUUCAGCACCAACACCCGCUUCCUCUCCAGCAUCCUCACUCUCUCCAGCAUCAACAGCAACAGCAACAGCAACACUCUCACCCUCUCCAACCAACUCAGUACCAGCAGCAGCAGGAGAGCCACCAGGACUUUAACAAGCCUGCUAGUGGCAAAAAGUUGAACCACCCUCCUCCACCUCUACCUCCCCUCUCUUCGUCCUCAGCCUCGUCCAUCGCCACUGUCUCUGCCAUCAACAUCAAGUCACCCUCCGCCAGUGCUUCCCUCCCACCCGCCUAUCCUUACUCCAACCACUCGGCUGGCCCCGUCUCCACAGCUUCCCUGCCCUCUGUCUCGUCGUCCUCGACCACCCUUGCGUCUGUCGCCGGAGAUGCAUCAACAGGUACGGGCGAAAACUUUGUGCCCAACAUCAAAAAGGCAAAGUACUCGACUUCCCUUGACCCAAGAGGGUUCAUCCCAGUAUUCGAGUAUGACCUUUAUGGCCAUCCUAUUAUGUGGGAUCAAGAGAAUCUCUACGUCCACUUUACCGGCAUCUGGAAGGCCUUGGGGAAGACGAAAGCAGACAUUGUUAAGAUCAUUGACGCCAACCCGAUCCUAGAGACCAUCAUCCGCAAGGUCCGAGGCGGGUUCUUAAAGAUCCAGGGCACCUGGAUGCCGCACCAGGAGGCUUACGAUCUGGCUAAAAAGACUUGCUACAAGCUGCGUCAUGAGCUGGUCCCUGUCUUUGGCGCCGGCUUUGUCAAUGACUGCAUCCCACCAGACACUCCUGGAUUUGGUUCGAUCCACUUGACAGUCGUUCGUAGACGUGCCUCUGAAUGUGUCGUUGGUCAGCGUCAGGCCGUCAUUGGCGCCCAGCAACUUCGACUCCAACAGACCCAUAUCCAUCCUAACCUAAAGAGACGGUACUCUAGCAAUGAUGUGAGUCGCCUCAGUCGAUUCAAUCAAUCUGGAGGACCGCCCACAGCCAGCCAGCUGUCCUCGACAUCGUUUCUACUCAACAGCAACAAGGACUACCCGAGGGACGAGAGUGUGGAUGGCGACCAGGAUGAUGACUUAGAUCUGGAUCUGGACGAGGACGAUUCGAGUGCCAGCCAAGCUAGGAAAGCGAACGACCUGAACCGCAAACACCGAUUCCACCGGAUGGGUCGCUUCAACUCUAUGGGUGACAAUGACGAUGAUGACGAGGAAGAUGAUGAUCGUCUGUUGGAUGGAUCCACCGCCGACGAGGAGGAGCAUCGGUCGCUCUCGGGCUCCUACGACGACGACGAUAUUGAUGUUGACGGAGAGUCCUGUUUCAGUGAGCAAGAUGACCCCAUGUAUAGUCUUGCCCGUUUGGACUUGUCGCGCCGAAACUCAUCACCCAUGCCUUUGAGCACGGCGUAUGCACUCUCUGCGGGAAUGGGUGUCAAGUCUGCCACUGUCCGGGCCAGACGUGGUCGUCCACCCACGCGGAGUCCCAUGCCUGUCGCCAACCGAAUCGCGGCCAAUUAUGUUGCUUACAAUAACUAUGUUUCAAGCAAUACUCAAGCUGCUCAAGGUCUUGGACGCAAUAACGGCUCUACUCGUACACAGAAGCAGCAGCUUCGCCAACAGCAAAAGCUACAGAACCAAUUACAGCAACAGCAGCAGCAGCAACAGCAACAACAGCAACAGCAGCAACAGCAACAGCAGCAACAGCAGCAGUUCCAACAACAACAACAACAACAACAACAACAACAACAGCAGCAUAUGCAUCAACAACAUUCCCAGCAACAGCAUCACCCAUUCCAGCUGCAGCCAAUGCAGCAACAUCCAAUGCAGCAACAUCCUAUGCAGCAACAUCCUAUGCAGCCUAGCCAAAUGUCGCCUGACCAAGAGCAUUCCAGCUACCAGCUACAGCAGCAGCAGCAGCAGCAACAACAACAGAGCGGAAGUUCGUCGCCUGGUCUGUCGCACCAGGAGCUGGUCGAGUUUUUCAAGGCUGGCCAGGCUCUUCAGCGGAUGUCGCAGGAUGAUGGCAGCCGGCCCUGGAAGCAGGAUGGAGGAAGGAUGAUUUUGCCGAAGAAGAUUGUGCUUGGUGAGCAGGUCUUUCAGUGUGUUGGAGGCGAGUACAAGUGUGUGCCUGAACCCAACAGCAUGGUCUCAUCCAAGGCGCCUGGAGAGGACGAUGGCUGGUCGCGUUGA